UGUUCUCAUAUCAGGAAAUUGAGGUUCACAACAUAGUCAUUGUCUCUUAGACAUGGAUAGUUUAAAGCUUUCUUCAGGUUUAAUCUUUAUUCAUUUGGUUUUGCUAGCAUUUGUCUUUAACUCGGCAAAUGCGCAAUUGAAGGUAGGGUUUUACAAGGAUACAUGUCCAAAAGCUGAAGCUAUUGUGAAAAGGGUUAUGGAUCAAGUGUUGAAAGUUGCUCCUAGCCUUAGUGGCCCUUUGUUGAGGUUACACUUUCAUGACUGCUUUGUUAGGGGUUGUGAUGCGUCAAUUCUUUUGAACUCCAGUACUGGCCAAGCUGAAAAAGAUUCACCUCCAAAUUUAAGCCUUCGAGGAUAUCAAGUUAUUGACAGGGUCAAGGCUGCGUUAGAAAAAAACUGCCCUGGAGUGGUUUCCUGUGCAGAUAUCUUGGCCAUUGUAGCUAGAGAUGUCACGGCCGCAACUUUGGGACCAUCCUGGCGAGUUGAAACUGGAAGAAGAGAUGGAAGGGUGUCUAACUUUUCAGAGCCUUUAACAAACCUGCCACCAUUUUUUGCAAACAUUUCUCAAUUGUUGACACAAUUUCGUUCUAAGAACCUAAGCAAAAAGGACCUUGUAGUGCUCUCAGGUGCGCACACCCUUGGCACUUCUCAUUGCUCUUCUUUCGAUUCUCGGCUUUACAACUUCACUGGAAAGGGUGACACUGAUCCCACACUGGAUUCAGAAUACAUAACACGGUUGAAGAAAAUAUGCAAGGCAGGAGAUCAAAUUACGCUAGUCGAAAUGGAUCCUGGAGGCGUCAGGACAUUCGACAACAGCUAUUAUAAACUCGUUGCUAAUAGAAGGGCACUUUUCCAAUCUGAUGCAGCUCUCCUUGACAACAAUUACACAAAAGCUUAUGUUAAACUUCAGUCUGUUGCUACCGAUGGAUCCACUUUCUUCAAAGACUUUGGUGUUUCCAUGAGAAAAAUGGGAAGGGUUGAAGUUCUUACUGGUAAAGCUGGUGAAAUCAGGAAAGUUUGCAGCAAAGUUAAUUAACUAGACAAAGUUUAUUUUCAUUAUGGAAUAUAUUUUUCUUGUGUGCAUGGAAAGAUAUAUAUGGCGAAUGCCAUGCAAUAAUUUUAUCAAGUGCGGAAAGCAGUUGAUUCAUUAAUCAAUAAUAGUAUGCGUAAAAUAAUGUUUUUUUUUCCCCAUUAAUUGUAAGACCUUAUAAGC